CGCACCUUUGACCACCGUGUCUUCUACCGCUGACAUAAGCACGACGCGUCUCCCCAGCAGCCUUUUCCUGCACAGACGUCCCCGACAGGGAAUACACGUCAGGUCUGGCGAAAGAACACGCCAGCGGCUCUUUUUCAGAAACAGUACAUGACAUGCUGCUCUUCUUUGCGCUUUCUUUCUCACCCUUCUUCCCUUGCUCAACGGUCUUUUUGCUUUUAUACUAAGAUGGCUUCCUACGUGCAAAAGGCCUCGGGUGCGGAUGUUCCCUCCCACCCAGACGAAAAAGCGGCGAUUCCAGCGGCCCCGCUUGAUGACGACUUGAACAAGACGAAGGCUGCCGCCGCCUCCAAGAGACAGUCCCAGUUGUUGUGCAUUGAGUCCUACGUCGGGCCAUUGAUCAUCACCGCGCUCGCUUUUGCCGUCAGAGCCUAUCGUAUUGGUGUCAACAACCACGUUGUGUGGGACGAGGCCCAUUUCGGUAAGUUCGGCUCCUACUAUCUCCGCCACGAGUUCUACCACGAUGUGCACCCACCUUUGGCCAAGAUGCUCGUGGGGUUCUCCGGUUACCUCGCCGGCUACAACGGCUCCUGGGACUUCCCAUCCGGGGAGACCUACCCAGACCACAUCGACUACGUGAAGAUGAGACUCUUCCAGGUCAUGUGGUCCGCUGGUUGUGCCCCAUUGGCCUACCUCACCAUGAAGGACAUGGGGUUUUCGCUCCUCUCCGUGUGGUUGUUCUCGCUUAUGAUCGUGUUUGAGUUGUCCUACGUCACCUUGGGGAAGAUGAUCCUCUUGGACUCCAUCUUGCUUUUCUUUACCGUUUCCGUCGUUUUCUGCUUGGGCCGUUUCCACAACGAAAACACCAAGGAGCCAUUCACCCGCAAGUGGUUCAAGUGGUUGGGCUUGCUCGGGUUGAGCAUUGGGUGUGUGUGUGCCUCCAAGAUGGUUGGUCUCUUUGUCACCUCGUUGGUCGGAAUCUACACCGUCGUCGACUUGUGGAACAAGUUCGGCGACAAGCAGAUGUCUAACGUUGUCUACUUGAAGCAUUGGGGUGCCCGUAUCGUUGGGUUGUGUAUCAUCCCAAUUUUGGUUUUCAUGGCUGCCUUCAAGGUCCACUUUGACCUCUUGAGUCAUUCCGGAACCGGCGAUGCCACCAUGUCCUCCUUGUUCCAGGCCAACUUGGUCGGCUCCAGCGUCGGUCUGGAUCCGCGUGAGGUCACUAUUGGCUACUCCUCUAUCACCUUGAAGAACCAGGGCUUGGGUGGCUCUCUUUUGCACUCCCACGUGCAGACCUACCCUGAAGGCUCGAAGCAGCAGCAGGUCACCACCUACGCCCACAAGGAUGCUAACAACGAGUGGAAGUUCGAUUUCGGCCGUCCGGCGGUUGCGUUCACCGAGGGCACUAACAACGUGUAUGUGGUUGACGGCAUGGAGGUUAGAUUAGUUCACGCGCUCACUGGCAAAAACUUGCACACCCACGACGUCAAGGCCCCGGUUUCCGCCUUCCACAAGGAAGUCAGUUGCUACGGUAACGACACCAUUGGUGACGAAAAGGACAACUGGAUCGUCGAGAUCGUCGAACAGUACGGUAACGAAGACAAGUUCAGAUUGCACCCAUUGACCACUUCCUUCAGAAUGAAGUCGCCUUCCAUGGGCUGCUACCUUGCCCAGUCCGACAAGCACUUGCCAUCCUGGGGUUUCAACCAGGGUGAAGUUGUGUGUGUCAAGGACCCAUACCGCAAGGACAAGCGCACUUGGUGGAACUUGGAGACCAACGUUAACGCCAACCUUCCAGCUCCAGCUGCUGACUUCAAGUUGCCACGCACCAAGUUCCUCAAGGACUUUGUGCACUUGAACAUCGCGAUGAUGGCCACCAACAAUGCUUUGGUGCCAGAUUCCGACAAGCAGGAUGACUUGUCUUCCGAGUGGUGGCAGUGGCCAACCUUGAACACUGGUAUCCGUUUGUGUUCUUGGGCCAACGACUCUAUCAAGUACUACUUGAUCGGUUCCCCAGCCACCACCUGGCCUUCUACUGUUUCCCUUUUUGUGCUUGCCGGUAUGGUUAUUUACUACUUGUUGAGAUGGCAGAGACAGUACUCCGACUUUGUUGGUGCCAAGGCGGUCAACGGGUUGACUUUACGUGAUGCUCCUGACAACAAGUUGCACUUGUUUGUUAUGGGUGGUAUCUACCCAAUGCUCGGCUGGGGGUUGCACUUCAUGCCGUUCGUAAUCAUGGGUCGUGUCAAGUACGUCCACCACUACAUGCCAGCGUUGUACUUUGCCAUGAUGGUGUUUGUCUUUGUCGUUGAGCAUUUCACUCGUCCUUUAAGAUUGGGUAAGCAGUCCACGGCCAAGCAGGUUGCGUUGUACGGGAUCUUUGCCUUCUUGUACAUCUUGGUCAUCAGUGUCUUCUGGCACUUCAGAGACUUGACAUUCGGGAUGGAGGGUGAUGCCAAGGACUUUGCUCACUUGAACCUUUUGAGCUCUUGGACCGUCAUUGACAAGCCUUACUAAGCGUCUGGUAACUCUAGCGUGCCGCACACAGGCCAUCCAAAUUGUUGUAGUGAUUCAUUACGUUUCCACUGACCAGACCGAGUGGCGUACGCGUUGCUUGGCACCAGGGGUAUGUGCAUCUCACUGGCUGACUCGCUCUCUGGUUCAGUAUGACAAACUACAAUACCCAUUUUUUUUUCCCAUUCAUUAUGUUUCA